GAGCUCCCUUUUAUUUCAUCAGUUCCGCGACCGCUUCCCAAACGCGCAUGCUUCGCUUCUUUGCCCCCGCCUCCCUCUGGACUGGAUUGGUUCCAGGGGAACUCUCCGUGCUUCCUAUUGGCCGGGCACCGCCCACUUGACCCAUUCAAGAUGGCAGCCGCGUGCGGCGCCGGCUGGCCGCGGCGGGUCCUGUGGAUGUUGUGGAGUACCCGGGUCUGUCCUCCAAGUCAGGUGUCCGGCGGGGGCGGCCUGCGAGCCAGGUCCUAUUCCCACAGCGACGGCCCAUACUCGAGGACGGAGCUCUAUGAGCUGCUCGGCGUGCCCUCCACAGCCACGCAGGCGCAGAUCAAGGCGGCAUACUACCGGCAGAGCUUCCUCUACCAUCCGGACCGCAACUCGGGGAGCCCCGAGGCUGCUGAGCGCUUCACACGCAUCUCCCAGGCCUACCUCGUGCUGGGCAGUGCCACGCUCCGUCGUAAAUAUGACCGCGGGUUGCUCAGCGACCAGGACCUGCGCGGUCCCGGGGUCCGACCCUCUAAGACGCACGCCGCCGACCCCAGCCCGCCCCGGCCCGCGCCAUCCGCCGCACGGGCUCCCCACGAAAGUCGGGGAUCCCCCGGCGGCGCCCACCGCACCAUGUUCAACUUCGACGCCUUCUACCAGGCACACUACGGUGAACAGCUGGAGCGGGAACGGCGCCUGAGGGCCCGGCGGGAGGCCUUGCGCAAACAGCAGGAGGACCGGGCCACCAAGGGCUUCAAAUGGGACGAGGUCCGGGACACCACCUUCAUCUUCCUCUUCCUCUUAGUUUUCAUUGCUGUCGGCUUUCGGAUGUGAUCGGAGAGGAAAGGCGGGAAGGGUGGACC